GCGGUAUUCACAGUUCGGCGGCAAGGCUCCUUCCCUGCGCAUGUCAAAGCGGCAGUGCGGGACCAGGCUUCCAGUGUCAGAUGCAUCAUGGACUCUACUUAUAUUCUUGCUGGCCGUGUUCAUUAGCGGCGGUGUCCAGGCGAACCAAAGCAAGAAGCCAGUGGUUGCAGAAAAGCACGCCAGUGAGUUGGAUUUGGACUGCGAAAGCUAUGAGGAUGGCGUGGAUUGGAGCGAGGUGCGGAGACAACUGAACGGAUUUUUGAAAGAGCCGUCAGCAGAACAUCCUUCUGUGAGUUCUCUCCUUGCCCUUGGCCGCGUGCAAACAGAUUGCUAUAUCGGGCUGUGCUGCCUUGGCUACAUGGCGCUUUUGUUUAUGAGCCCGGAAAAACGCUCUGCUGCGCUGGUCAAUACACUCUUUGGGAGUGUCCCUCUUUGGGAUCAAAUUCCCCUCUCCUACUGGGAUACAAUUCACAGUCGCUGGCCAAUUUUUGGCUUGUUGGAAAUGCUUGGACUUCAAGUUCGGAAAGAGCCUAUGGCCUCCUCUCACAGACAUGCUGACGGCUGUUGUGAUAGACUGGACUCGGACUUGGACCACGUAUUUCGCCAAAUUCUUGACAAUCAUUUGUCCACUGGUGCAAGCUUGCCGAUUGCUACCACCACGAGGUAUCUUGCAGAGUCCUCCUCUCGCUGCUCCUUUGGAAAAGCAAGCGCCUACUUAGCCCUAGCAGAACGCUUGCUGCUGGCUGACUCCUCUAUACUGACUCAGGCCGCCAAGGACUUCAUGGCGAUGGGCGAGGCGCAGCUGGACCGCUGUGCGGUCGGACGCAAUGUAACGGUGUUUGAUCAGAUGACGUCUGAAUGGCCCUUCUGGAGUAUUCUUCGACGUGUGGAGGCUGAGGAGCACGUGCAGCUUCCUUCAGAGAAGCUUCGUACACCUCCUCAGUAUGUGUCUCCUGUGUUGGAGCCUCCUGGCCAUCUUGCUGGCCGUCCCACGAGGGGAAGGUGGCCGCAGGACGUAUCGGGAUCAAGGCCAUCCGCAGCAGAAGGC